ACAUUCCAAAACCCCCACCAAAGGAUUUUUAAGGUUCUUUUUAGAUUAUUAUCUACUACUCCCAAGAACUCCUGAUAGUGUAUUACUUUUUUAGAAUUUAAAACUCAAAACCCAAUCACCUUCUUUGGCCAUUAAAAUUUUUUCUGUUUCCUUUUCAAAAUAGCAGAGAUGAGUUUAAGGGACAUUGAGAGCACACUGCCUCCAGGGUUCAGAUUCUAUCCUAGUGAUGAGGAGUUGGUUUGCCAUUAUCUUUACAAAAAGAUUGUUAAUGAAAGAAGCUCUAAUGGAACUAUGGUGGAAGUAGACUUGCAUACCUGUGAGCCCUGGCAACUACCAGAUGUGGCCAAGCUUGGUGCUAAUGAAUGGUACUUCUUCAGUUUCCGGGACCGUAAAUAUGCUACCGGUCUGCGAACGAACCGGGCAACGAUGUCGGGAUACUGGAAGGCUACCGGAAAGGAUCGUCCGGUGUAUGAACCCACUUCUCAUGCAAUUGUGGGGAUGAGGAAGACUUUGGUUUUCUAUCGCAAUAGAGCUCCAAAUGGUAUCAAGACUGGUUGGAUCAUGCAUGAGUUUCGUCAGCAAAACCCUUUCUUACCUCCUAAGGAAGAUUGGGUGCUUUGCAGAGUCAUGUACAAAGGCAAGGGAGAGCCCAUGGAAAGCCUCAACAUGGAAAAUGAAUUUGACACAUCAACAACCAGAGCCUCUCCUCCAAAUUUGUCCUCAUCAUCGCCUCCCAUUUACCAACCUCUCCCGUCUGUGUCCACCCAACAAAUCAACUCAUUCCCUCAAUUCAUACACUAUCAAGACCACAAUUUGCUAAAUUUAGCAAUAUUGAAUGCCAAUUCUCCACAGGAAUUAGAGAACAACAGACCCUUCUUUGAGAUUCACUCUAGAAGCAUUGGUGAUGAAUAUGGAUUUCUACUUGAUAUGGGUUUGGAAGAAAACAACAACUUCAGGAAUGAAGAGGCUUCAAGUUUAGAAGACAUUAAGUUUGAUGAUUAUGAGAGUAUGGUUAUUAAUUAUCUGGAUUAAUGGAUCAAAAGUGAAAGGAAUAAGUAUUUAUAUAUUCUCUACCCCAUUUGUUCAUGCAUUUUCAAUUCAUUUGUCUCUACAAAUAUAAGGUGAUGAUGUUUGUUGAAGGUUAGAUGAUUCAAAUGUUACAGCUAGAUGCUCUUUGGGGCUUGUAAUAUUUAUGUUAUGAUGUAAAUAUCAAAAUGAAAAAUAUAUCAAUUAUUUCUAUUUAUU